AUGACUACUUUGAUGGAUCAGAGACUAGAGAACUUCAGGGCUGAGGUUGUGCACUCAGAUCGUGAGAGACCUAGAAGGACUUCAGAUCGAUCUGCUACAGAAAGUUACUAUAGCCAUUCAAACCGAUCCAUUGGUACCAGAAGAAGGAGGCGUGACCAGGAAGAAAGGCCAAAAACCAGUGAUCCUCUUGGUGGUUUGAAACUGAAAAUUCCUGAGUUUAAAGGCACUGCUGAUCCAGAAGAAUACUUAGAGUGGGAAAAGAAGAUUGAACUCGUGUUCAAUUGCAGAGACUACACUGCAGAGUAUAAAAUGAAACUUGCCCCUACUGAGUUCAAGGAGUAUGCUUUAAGUUGGUGGGAUAACUUGGUUACAACAAGAAGAAGAGCUGGAGAUUUUCCUGUUGAAACCUGGAACCAGAUGAAGGUAAUCAUGAGAAAGAGAUUUGUACCGAGCCACUACCACAGAGAGUUGCACUUCAAGCUCAGAACACUGUCUCAAGGAAGUAGAUCAGUUGAAGAAUAUUAUAAGGAAAUGGAAACCCUUAUGCUGAGAGCUGAUAUACAAGAAGACCGAGAAGCAACAAUGGCCAGAUUCAUGGGUGGUCUAAACAGAGACAUCAUGGACAGACUUGAAGUUCAUCACUAUGUUGAGAUGGAAGAGCUUCUGCACAAGGCAAUUAUGUUUGAACAGCAGUUGAAAAAAGAGAGUUACAAGUCUAGCUAUGGAGCCAGCAAACCACACUACCAGAAGGACGAAAAGACCAGAGAAUCCAGACCAUUCUCCAAGCCUAAAGUGGAGGAACAAAGUGUUAAAGGAAAGGAAGUAGCCACUACAUCCAAAUCCAGAGACAUACAGUGCUACAAGUGUAAAGGAUAUGGACACUAUGCCAGUAGCUGCUCCAACAAAAGGGUAAUACUCAUCAGAGAAAAUGGUGACAUUGAAUCCGAGGAAGAGGUAUCUGAGUCUGAAGAAGAAAGGGUGGAAAUGCCAACUCGUGGAGAGUUACUUGUUACUAGAAGAACACUGAAUCUUCAAGCCAAGACUGAUGGAGAUGAACAGAGAGAGAAUCUGUUUCACACUCGUUGUAUGGUUCACGGGAAGGUUUGCAGCUUGGUUAUAGAUGGAGGAAGUUGUACCAAUUUUGCAAGUGAAACCAUGGUGGAGAAACUUGGUCUGAAGGUCAUAAAAAGACCAACAGCUUACAAGUUGCAAUGGCUUAAUGAUGAAGGAGAGCUAGAGGUGAAGCACCAAGUUAAGGUACCAUUGUCUAUUGGGAAGUAUGAGGAAGAGAUACUGUGUGAUGUCUUACCAAUGGAUGCUGGACACAUACUGCUUGGAAGACCUUGGCAAUCCGACAGAAGAACACUUCAUGAUGGGUUCACAAACAGAUACUCAUUUGAGUACAAGGGGAAGAAGACUGUUUUGGUUCCUUUAACACCGCAGGAAGUUCAUCUAGAUCAGAUAGCCUUGAAGAAGAACAGAGCGUCAUCAGAAUCUAAGAAAAAGCAGCAGGCUAAUAUAUUGCUUCAACCAAAGGGAAGUUCUUUACCUCACUUGCUGAUUGUUUUUUAA